CACGAAUGUGUUGUGUUCGGCAGCAACUCAAAAAAUUUCCCUUCCAGUUUAAAUCCAAUCGAACAACUGCAAAUUUUGUUUUUCAUUAUUUUCAGAACAAACAUACAGCUGAAUAGUGAAAAAAUUUAUGACUUGAACGGUCGUAAAAAUCUCAGGUGGGUGCGCAAUUUGGCAACGCCGCAAAAUAUGUAAUCAAAAUCGUUGAUGGGCAAUAAAAAAUACUCGAAAGACAAAAAAGGCCCAGAUUACUCUCCGCCCCACCCCCCCAAAAUGAGCAUAAUCGGAUGUCAACACCUUCAAACCUACAAGAAAACCAGCAAAAACAAAAACACAUUCAAAUGGAUCCAUGCAGUAUUCGUGGUCAACUCCACAUCAAAAAGCCUCAAAACAAAGUUGGGCAACAGCCGCUGCCGAGUGUGCAAAAAAAGGGGCCCCUUCCUCCACGCCUGCCUCGAGUGCGUGUUCUUCGGGUGCCACAGGCACAUCCGGGAGCACGCCAAAGCCCAGAAGCAUUCCAUGUCCGUGGACCUCACCUACGGCCAGAUGCACUGCAACCAGUGCCACGACUACAUCUACGACUCGGAGAUCGACGCCAUCGCCAUGGACAACAAGAUGAAGUCCAAGACGUUCAAGAAGCGCCUGUUCGAGAUCGACUCCUGGAACCCCACCGCCGACGAGCGCGAGUACUUAAAGACCAAAACGAAAAAAAUCUGCAUCACGCCCGAGUCCACGAUCGGCCUGCGGGGGCUGCUCAACUUGGGCUCGACGUGCUUUAUGAACUGUAUAGUGCAAGCGCUGAUGCACACGCCCUUGCUGAGGGACUACUUUCUGACUGAGAGACACAAGUGCAAGGGGGUUCCGGGCACGUGCCUCGUGUGCGAGGUGUCCAAGUUGUUCCAGGAGUUUUACAAUGGAACGAGAGUUCCUCUAGCGCUUCACGAGUUGUUGCACUUGAUAUGGACGCACGCGAGGCAUUUAGCGGGCUAUGAGCAGCAGGACGCCCACGAGUUUUUCAUAGCCACACUGGAUGUGCUGCAUCGACACUGCCUUGAGACGAUGCCCAACUUGAAGUCGGUCAAUUUGGGGAAAAUAUCGCGGUGUCCUUGUAUCAUCGACCAGAUUUUUACCGGGGGCUUACAGAGCGACGUGGUUUGUCAAAAGUGCAAUGGCGUUUCUACAACGAUAGACCCCAUUUGGGAUUUUUCGCUGGAUUUAGGGCCUGUUACUUUGGGCGGAAGACCACCCUCGUCCUUGGUGGAUUGUCUGGAGCGCUUCACGCGGGCCGAGCACCUAGGGGAAAAUGCGAAAAUCAUGUGUUCGAAUUGUCAGUCAUAUCAGGAGUCCACGAAACAACUAACAAUGAAGACUUUGCCUAUUGUUAUUAGUUUUCACUUGAAACGGUUCCAACAUAUGAAAGAGAUGGAGAAAAAAAUUUCCACCAUCAUAUCGUUUCCAGAAAUGUUAGACAUGACUCCAUUUAUGAGCAGAUCAACGAACGAAUCGCCGUUUCCUUCAGACAACAGAUACUCGCUAUUCGCUGUAAUAAAUCACUUAGGUAAUUCAAUAAACGCAGGUCACUAUACCGCAUACGUACGCCAAUUGCAAGAUUACUGGUAUAAAUGUGACGACCACGUGAUAACCAGAGCAACUCUCAAGGAAGUCUUGGACUCAGAAGGGUAUUUGCUCUUCUACCACAAACACGUUCUAGAAUACGACUAAAACGGCUACUUAUUUAGAAAAGUGUGAUUUUAUUUUACUGCCUCUUUUAAUUAAUUUAAUUUUAACGACUUGUUUUAUGAAACAAAGCACUUUUAUCAGGACUAAAUGUAAUAAAAUUUACCAAUGGCA